ACGGCAGCAGCAGCAGCGCUUCUGGGCGCAUGUUCUGGGGCGCAGAGACUGGAGACAGCAUCCAAGCGGUUUUCUAGAGGGCCAUAAGAAAACGCCCGACAUUGCUUUGUGCCAGAUGGAGACCAAGCGCCCUGAAUUGAAAGGCGAGCCUUUGUAUUUUUUUUCCAAAAGACAAAAACGUGAGCACCACGAAGAGAAGCAAGCAUUGAUGGCCACUUCUGCUUCGUCCAAUUUGUCUGCACGGAGAGCAUCGUUCUUAGUCGCAAGCCGCAUUGCUAAAGCUAAGAUGUCUUUUGCUGUUGGCGAAGAGUUGAUCCUGCCUGCUGUCAAGGCUGUUUGUCGUGAACUUUUAGGAGAGGCAGCAGCUCAAAAGGUGGCACAUGUAUCUCUUUCACCUAGCACCAUACCCGGAGGAAUUGAUGAAAUAGCAGAGGAUAUCGAGGCACAGUUGUUAGAGAGAAUUAAAGCGUCACCAUGGUAUGCACUCCAGGUGGAUGAGUCCAUCAGUGUUGAAAACAUGGCAAUUAUGCUUGUUUUUGUUCGAUAUAUUUUCCAGGAGGAUGUACAUACAGAUAUGUUAUGUGCAUGUUUGUUACCAACCAACGCCACAGCUGCAGAACGAUUCAAGUCUUUGAAUGAUUACAUGUCAGGAAAACUGAACUGGUCAUUUUGUGUUGGUAUAUGCACAGAUGGAGCGGCUGCUGGAUAGAUUUCUGGUUUCACUACUCGGGUCAAGGAAGUUGCUUCUGAAUGUGAGUCCACACACUGUAUCAUCUAUGGAGAAAUGUUGGUUAGCCAAAAAUUGCCACCUGAACUUAACAGUGUUUUGCAGGAUGUGAUUAAAAUUAUUAACCACAUUAAAGUACAUGCCCUUAACUCACAUCUGUUUGCAGAGCUCUGGGAGGAGAUGGAUGCAGAGCACAUACAUCUUUUAUACACAGAAGUGAAAUGGCUUUCUAAAGGUGGAUUACUGGCCAGAGUUUUUGAGCUACGAGAGGUGCUCCAUAGAUUUCUUGUAGAAAAACAAUCACCUAUGGCAGCACAUUUCAGUGACACAGAAUGGCUUGCAAAACUUGCUUACCUGUGUGACAUAGUCAACCUGUUCAAUGAACUCAGUCUGUCACUUCAGAGUAGAAUGACAACUGUGUUUAAGGCAGCAGAUAAAGUGGCUGCAUUCAAAGCCAAGCUAGAAUUAUGGGGGCAACGAGUAGACAUUGGGAUUUUUGACAUGUUUCAAACAUUAGCAGAUAUUUUGAAAGGGACUGAGCCCGGGCCUUCUUUCUCCCAACUGGUGCGUGAUCACCUAUCUCAGCUUUCAAAACAGUUUGAGAAUUACUUCCCAACAGCAAAAGACCCCAGAACUGGGAAGGAAUGGAUCCGUGACCCAUUUGUGAAUAAGCCAGGUGAAUCAACUUUAUCUGUGCUAGAAGAGGAUCAACUGCUUGAGAUUGAAAAUGACGGUGGCCUUAAAAGUAUGUUUGAGAGAACGUUAAAUCUCCAUACAUUCUGGAUUAAAGUAAGGGCAGAAUAUCCUGAGAUUGCCACAAAAGCACUGAAAAGCCUGCUUCCAUUUCCAGCACCCUAUCUUUGCGAAGCAGGGUUUUCUGCUAUGACAGCAACCAGAACAAGAUUACACAGCAGCUUGGACAUAAAAAACACACUUAGGGUGUCAUUGUCUCCCAUCACACCCAGAUGGGACCGUCUAAUUCCAGGAAAACAAGCACAGAGCUCCCACUGAUUCUGCAUCAUGGUCACAAGCAACAUCACCUUAGAUUUUGCAAUCUACACAGACAGAUGUAUGGUGCAUGCACACCCCUUUUCAGCUGUCCUCGCUCUUCCAGACUGAAAAAACAAAUUGCUACAACCUGCCCGGUGAAAACGGGGGAUGGGGAAAAUAGGUGUGUAGUAAGUUCCUUGAUGCUCAUUGGCCUGGCGCUAAAGUGGUAUGAACAUUUCUCACUUGGGAUUUCCUUUGAAAUGAUUUCUGUGGGGGGAAGCCUCUCAGUUCUGAGUGCUCAUGCACUUUUGCACUCUUCCCUGCCCUUGGCUCUUUCACUACCUCCAUUCUACUGGCCAGUGGGUUUGUGGGCCUGGAAGAUCUGAAGUCUGAAUCCAGACGUGCAGCGCAGAGAGGCUGUCAUGCUAGUUUGGUGGACAGGCACAGCCACCCACCUGUUGGGUAUUCUCUUGUUUCUCCUGUCAAUCUUUAAGGAGAAAUAAGAUGUUGAUACCCUGCCACGGUGCGGUGGGCCUGAGAAAUUUGUGUGGCUGGCAAAGGUUCUCAGCACAAUGCUCUGUCUCCCAUCACGGAAUUACACUUGUAAUAAACUUCUAACAAACAAGUACCACU